CCGAAUCCCAAACCCCUGGUUCUGUAAAACGUCAGUUCUUCAAUCUUUCUCAGUUUCAGAGGCGUGCCGUGAUUGGUGAUUCCAUCGAAGAAGAAAAAGCUUAACGGCAACCAUUGAAACAUAGAGACUGAGAAGCUCACCGAGUAGCACAAGAAGCAAAAAACGACGUUGUAUUUUUCUCGUCUCGUCCUGCCGGCCAUUGCUGAGAGAUUCGAGUGUGAACGACCUCAUCUCCAUAUUCUAAUGACAUACUCCAACGAGUGAUCAUGGAGAAAGACGUUCAACGUUCUGUGUCUUUACGUCCAAACCGUAGAGCCGACCGGAGUAAUCAAAGCUCCCAUUCUAAAGAUAUUGAAGGGGGGUUCUUUUCUCCGGGAAGGUUACCCCAAGAUUAUCCCAUGAAGAUUGUUUGGAAGAAAGGCUUUAUUCGAUUGGUUCUUGUUGGGGGCAUCUUGUGGAUGUUACUAAUUCUUGUUGCAUCCUUGUUUCAUCUCUGGUCCUGCCAUUCCUCUAUCUCAUUUUUUUCAGCUAUGUGUAACAAAGAAAGCAAGUUAUUCUCCCUUAUGGACAACAUGGGAUUCACACCAAAAUCACAACCACAACACCGCUGUCAAAUUCCCCUUGCCAAGGACCCUGAUAAAAUAGUUAUUCCAAAGGGCAGAACUCCUGACACAAUUGUAAAGAACUUAUCUUAUGUUAUUGAGGAUGAACCUUUGAAUAACAAUUUUCAGUCUACUCCACUUUUUGGUGGACAUCAAAGCUGGUCACAAAGAGAGGAGAGUUUUAAGCUAAAACCAACCAUGAAGGUUCAUUGUGGAUUUAUUCGAAAUGGUGGUGCUGAAAUGGCUCCUGCAGAUAUCAAAUAUGUCAAGAAAUGUAGGUUUGUGGUUGCAUCUGGCAUUUUUGAUGGAUAUGAUGUUCCUCAUCAGCCUUCAAACAUAAGUCCCCGUUCUAAGAAGCUCUUUUGCUUUCUUAUGGUCGUCGAUGAGAUUUCUCUUGAUUUUAUAAAGGAAAAUGUCACUGUCAGAGAGGAUGAUAAGGGGGGGAAAUGGGUUGGUAUAUGGCGUCUCAUUCCACUUAAGCAUCCACCUUAUGAUGAGCCCAGAAGAAAUGGCAAGGUUCCCAAGAUAAUAACUCAUCGGUUGUUCCCUAAAGCACAGUACAGCAUUUGGAUUGAUGGUAAAAUGGAGCUCAUAGUUGAUCCAUUACUAAUGUUAGAAAGAUAUUUAUGGCGUGGGAAGUAUACGUUUGCCAUUGCUCAGCACAAGCAUCAUCACAGUAUAUAUGAGGAGGCUGAUGCAAACAAGCGGAGGAAGAGAUAUGCUCGACCUCUUCUUGACCUCCACAUGAAAAUUUAUCGUUAUGAGGGAAUGGAUUCGUGGAGUCCACAGAAGAAAACAAUUAGUGACGUGCCAGAGGGAGCCAUUAUAGUACGGGAACACACUGAAAUGAGUAAUUUGUUUAGCUGCUUGUGGUUCAAUGAGGUCAACCUCUUUACGCCGAGAGACCAGCUGAGUUUUGGCUAUGUUGUGUACAGGUUAAAGGGUUUGUUUGAAUUUUUUAUGUUUCCAAACUGUGAGUACAAUUCACUGUUUGUGUUACACCCACACAUAAGGGAGCAUUCUUCUCGUAUAGAGUGGGUAACAAAUUGGAAUCAGCUUAAGGGGAAUGGUACCAUUUCGAAUAAGGGUAAAGAUUGGGACCAAGCUAGUGGGAAAAAUGGCAAUCUGAUAGAGAGUAGAGGAGGAUUAGGCUUGUGGACACCUUAUCCGGGGAAUCUUGAUUCGGUUGCCCUGCCUCCUGUAACAAGGACAUCCAAAGCUGGCUGAGGAUCAACUUUAACAUUUGGUCUUCUGUAUGAACAUUUUCUUAGGAUUUAUUCAAUAUUUCCUUUCAUUAUCUCAAUCCUUGUAAGAGGAUUGUACAGUAUGAACAACAGAGUUUUUGCUUGCUUAAGUCUGGCAGGAUCGCAAAAGUGGUAACAGGUCAGGGAGAUUGCCAGCAACCUCUUCAAUACCACUAAGAAUCAAUGUCGAAACAAAAUGUAGAUGUACCUAAAAAUUUUUUUAGCAUUGGGGAACGCUUUGUUUGGGAAAAUUUUAAUAAGAUAAAAGAAUUCAGAAUUUAGGAACUGGAGGUGACUAAGGUAUUUUCUGUUCUGCUUGUAAGUUACUUGCCUCGCAAGGCACUCAUCUGUAGGGCAAAAAGAUUUUGAGACCGGUGGCAAUUUACCUUGACUUAAAAGAUCCUGCCUCGUGAAGCAGUAAUGUUUACCAGUUUUGCCCUUUCUGAUGCUACUGUCCAAGACAAUAGUCUCAUACAAAAGUGGUUGACUUGUAAGUUUGUGAUCGGUAUUAUUCCUCUUUGAAGGAACUGUAUCCUAAAUCCUGAAAGUGUAUCAAUCUCCAAAAAUAGUGAUAUCUUGAUGUGUUUUGAUCUUUGUAUGUUGGUAAAAUUGGAUUGUUGUGUGA